GGAGGGUGGUGCUUGGGAAAAAACAGGAACCAGAAUCAGUUUCUCAUUGCAGGGCAAACGCUCUGAGUUCCGGUGAAGGGAAAAGAGACGUGGCGAAAUUGCUGUCUUUCUGUCUUAUAAGCACAUCUCUCACUAAUACAGAAAAGGAACCAAGACUUCUGAAAGGGUGAAGACGCUCUCACAGUAUCUUUAGAGACCUUGCUCGACACCUUCCCUACCCCCCACCCAACAGCCCGACCUGUUCUUCUAAAUGGGAGAUUAUGGAUUUGCAUUGCAAUUGGCUAGUAGCGGUGGCGAUGGAUUUUCGCAAGUGAAACACCCGCCCACUUCAGCGAGGGACAUUCAUGAUCACAUUGACAAUAACGCGUCUCUCUUUUUUCCCGUUUCAGCUGCGCAAACCAUGCAGGAUGAUUUACUGAUGGACAAAAGCAAAACCCAGCCCCAGCCCCAGCAGCAGCAGCGGCAGCAGCAGCAGCAGCCCCAACCUGAGUCCAGCAUAUCCGAAACCCCGUCCACACCCCACUCCUCAGAGACCCCCAAGCCGGAGGAAAACAGCGCAGUGCCGGCCCUCAGCCCAGCCGCUGCCCCGCCGGCCCCCAACGGCUCGGACAAGAUGCAGAUGGAAUCACCGCUCCUGCCAGGCUUGAGUUUCCAUCAGCCCCCUCAGCAGCCGCCGCCGCCUCAGGAGCCCGCGGCGCCGGGCGCGUCGCUGUCGCCGUCCUUCGGCAGCACCUGGUCCACGGGCACCACGAACGCGGUAGAGGACAGCUUCUUCCAGGGGAUCACCCCAGUCAACGGGACCAUGCUCUUCCAGAACUUCCCGCACCAUGUCAACCCAGUCUUCGGAGGCACUUUCUCCCCGCAGAUCGGCCUGGCGCAGACCCAGCACCACCAGCAGCCGCCGCCGCCUGCACCCGCGCCGCAGCCGGCACAGCCGGCUCAGCCCCCGCAGGCGCAGCCCCCGCAGCAGCGCCGCUCGCCCGCCAGCCCCAGCCAGGCGCCCUACGCGCAGAGGAGCGCCGCCGCGGCGUACGGCCACCAGCCCAUCAUGACCAGCAAGCCGUCCUCGUCUUCGGCGGUUGCAGCCGCUGCUGCCGCAGCCGCCGCCUCGUCGGCCUCGUCCAGCUGGAACACGCACCAAAGCGUGAAUGCAGCCUGGAGCGCACCAUCCAACCCCUGGGGCGGCCUGCAGGCGGGCCGGGACCCUCGCCGGGCGGUCGGUGUGGGCGUGGGUGUGGGUGUCGGGGUGCCUUCCCCGCUCAAUCCCAUCUCGCCACUCAAAAAGCCCUUCUCCAGCAACGUGAUCGCGCCGCCCAAGUUCCCUCGCGCGGCGCCGCUCACUUCUAAGUCCUGGAUGGAGGAUAACGCUUUCCGGACCGAUAAUGGUAACAAUCUGUUGCCAUUUCAGGACCGGAGUAGGCCCUAUGAUACUUUUAACUUGCACUCGUUGGAGAACUCCUUAAUGGAUAUGAUAAGGACUGAUCAUGAGCCUCUGAAAGGUAAACACUACCCUCCCAGUGGCCCACCAAUGAGUUUCGCUGAUAUAAUGUGGAGGAAUCAUUUUGCAGGACGCAUGGGGAUAAAUUUCCAUCAUCCAGGAACAGAUAAUAUUAUGGCACUUAACAGUCGAUCUUCUCUCUUUCCCUUUGAAGAUGCCUUCCUGGACGACAGCCAUGGCGAUCAGGCCUUGUCAUCUGGCUUAAGUUCUCCCACUCGCUGUCAAAAUGGGGAGCGAGUAGAACGCUACUCUAGAAAGGUGUUUGUUGGAGGCCUUCCUCCUGAUAUUGAUGAAGAUGAGAUCACUGCCAGCUUUCGCAGGUUUGGACCUCUCGUGGUAGACUGGCCUCACAAAGCUGAAAGCAAGUCGUAUUUUCCUCCCAAAGGCUAUGCCUUUCUGCUGUUCCAGGAGGAAAGCUCAGUACAAGCUUUGAUAGAUGCCUGCCUGGAAGAAGAUGGGAAACUGUACCUGUGUGUGUCAAGCCCCACCAUCAAGGAUAAGCCAGUGCAAAUUCGACCAUGGAACCUAAGUGACAGUGACUUUGUAAUGGAUGGUUCUCAGCCUUUGGACCCCAGAAAAACUAUCUUUGUUGGGGGAGUUCCACGACCCCUUCGAGCUGUUGAACUGGCAAUGAUCAUGGACCGUUUGUACGGUGGUGUCUGCUAUGCUGGCAUUGAUACGGACCCAGAGCUGAAGUACCCCAAAGGUGCUGGCCGCGUGGCAUUCUCCAAUCAGCAGAGUUACAUUGCAGCCAUCAGUGCUCGUUUUGUGCAGCUUCAGCACAAUGACAUUGACAAACGGGUUGAAGUAAAGCCAUAUGUGCUGGAUGAUCAGAUGUGUGAUGAGUGCCAGGGCACACGCUGUGGUGGGAAGUUUGCCCCGUUCUUCUGUGCCAACGUCACCUGUCUGCAGUAUUACUGUGAAUACUGCUGGGCGAGCAUACAUUCCCGAGCCGGGCGGGAGUUCCACAAACCGCUGGUGAAGGAGGGAGGCGACCGCCCUCGUCACGUCCCGUUCCGCUGGAGCUGAGCCACGGCCGACCCAGCCACAGUACUGGAGUAGAUAACAAGGAGGGGAGAGAGAGGGCACUGCCUCAGGGCUUACAGUGUUCUGGAAAUCUGUGCAUUCGUUCUCGAUUUUUAAAGAAGAAUUGGGUCUUUUUAUUAUUAUUAUUAAUUAUUAUUAUUAUUUACAGUCAUAUUACUGAACUCAGUGUCCAGUAUAAUGCAGAAUUGCAGAGUGUAGAAUGGUACUGAUUUGCACUUUGAUUCACACCUUUGUCUGCUUGGUACCUUAAUUUUUUAUACCUGAUUUGUCACUCGUGACAGUAUGUAGGCUGCCAUUCUCAGUAGCGGCCGUCAGGCUACUGUCUGUGAUUCUUUUGUUUGUUGCUGUGGUGGUGUUGUUCUGAUUGUUUUGAACUGGAGCAUGCACUUAUUUUCAGAAACUUAGAGAGUUGCCCCUAGAACAAGACUUACCAAAGGUAAUACUCGUGAGUAGGUGGCAGAUGUAGCAAAAACUUCACAACAAUUCAGCAAUCAUUAGUUCGGGUCACUUAGAGUAAGGAUAACCCUUCAUGAAAAUAAGCCUUUAGUUGCUCUCUAUUUUGACUUGUAAGGAUACCUCAUAAGCUGGAUCUUUUAUUUUUCCUUCAUGUUUGAUUUUUGUUUUGCCGAGGAUUUUGGUUAGAUCUUUUAGUAUUAUGUAAAUUUAUGCUGCAAUAGCUUUUGCUGCUAUUAAAAUGGUAUUAUUAAUACCAUAAUACUCUAUUCAGGCUAAGAUAUCAAUUAAACACAAAAACCCAACAACACACUUUUGUGAUUUUAGGGAUAGAGUCAGCUGCCGAAAGGAGAUCAGAAUAGACUUCAGAAAGCUUUGGUGGAAGGUCACUAUUUCUGACUGCAUGUUUACUUAAUCAGGUUGCUGCAUGCAAUAAAUUUUAUAUCCAAUGUCUAGUAUAAAACGUUCCCACAAUGCACAAAUUAAGAAUCUAUAUAAGCUAUAAAAUACUCAUUUUUUUAAAAAAGUUUUUUUCAUUCAAAGAAUUGGUAAUUGACCAGAGGAAGGCAUGCCUCAGUAAAUGGAAUGCUCUGAAUGAGAAGAGCCCAUAACAGAAUGACCUAUAUUACAACCGAUAUAAAACCUAGGUGUAGGAUAUUCUUCAAGCAAAUUUGUGGAUGGUAGAUGAAGUACUUUGCGGUGCUCUGUUAUAUAUUGUGCAAUUUAUUUUAUAUAGUAAAGUGAUUAUGUCUAACUGUGAUCAAACUUAACUGUUUAAAGCCUCUGUCAGACAUUAACGAACUUGACAGUUCAUAACUGGUAUAUUAUAAACUAACACAUGAGCUCUUAGUUACAAUCUCUUAGUGCUUGCACCAUUUUACAUAGCUUCAGACCUUGUCCAGAAAACCAAAGAGCUCAUCUUAGCUUACAAACACUAAGAAUAUAUACAGGAUAUAGAGAUAAGUUGUCAGAUUGACAAACUAGGCACAUUUUUAAGAAAGUUGUGUAAUGGUGAUGCUAAAGAAAUGUCUGUACAAAAUAAGAUGGCCUGGGCAGAGUUGGUUGUCUGGGUGAGAAACUAACUACUUAAUUCCCUGGAUUAAUCCUGUUAAGCUUGAGUAGAAUGAAGGCCUGCUGGCACUAGCGUGGUCUAGAAUGGAGGCCUGCUAGCCAUAGCGUGUGGUCUAGAAUGGAGGCCUGCUAGCCAUAGCGUGGUCUAGAAUGGAGGCCUGCUAGCACUAGCGUGGUCUAGAAUGGAGGCCUGCUAGCCAUAGCGUGGUCUAGAAUGGAGGCCUGCUAGCCCUAGCGUGGUCUAGAAUGGAGGCCUGCUAGCCAUAGCGUGGUCUAGAAUGGAGGCCUGCUAGCCAUAGCGUGGUCUAGAAUGGAGGCCUGCUAGCCAUAGCGUGUGGUCUAGAAUGGAGGCCUGCUAGCCCUAGCGUGGUCUAGAAUGGAGGCCUGCUAGCACUAGCGUGGUCUAGAAUGGAGGCCUGCUAGCCAUAGCGUGUGGUCUAGAAUGGAGGCCUGCUAGCACUAGCGUGGUCUAGAAUGGAGGCCUGCUAGCCCUAGCGUGGUCUAGAAUGGAGGCCUGCUAGCACUAGCGUGGACAUUUUUCUAGCAUUCACCCUUGGGCUGCAGAUAGUAAUAUAUAAACACACACAAUGAUUGCAAGACUAUGUAAAUCUUUUUUUAAUCUUCUUCCUAUGUUUUGGAAUUCUGGGGACAAUCUGACUGGAUAUGACACUGCAGAAUAGAUUUAAGUCGCUGUGUUUUCUGUGCUGUGAUGUCCUUGUACUGUCUUAAGUUAGUGUUGCUUUUGUUUUGUUCUCCCAUGUUUAGUUGCAAUUACUGACUCUCAAGCUAUAGUUUGUUUUCAAAAAGGAAAAACAAAAUAGUUUUUUACUGGAUUAAAAAUGCUUAUUUUAGAAUCCUCCCCUUUUUGAGGCUUUUUGGUAAUAAUUGCUUUUUUCCAGCCCAGGUGUGGUUUUGUUUGUUUUUUUUCUAUGUUUGUGGGGUUUUUUUUCAUCUGUACAAGAAAUUUUGUUAUGCACUACUACUUUUUGUAUUCUAGACAGUUUUCAAAAGUUGGCAGAUUUUUUUUUUUUGUUUUUAAGGAAAAAGGCAUGCUUUCUGACUGACAUGAUCUUUUGCAAUACCUCAAUUUUGAAAUAUAGGAAAGAAAAUGAUAUUUUCUAAGUAAGUUUAUUCAGAAAAAUAUAUAUUAAUUUAAUUCUGCAAGAAAAUGAUUUAACAGAUGGGUAACUUUAUUUUUUUCAUGCUUAUUUGUGUUUUUUGAAAAUGAAGAAGUUAGAGCUUUAUAACUAUAAAAGAUCAUAUCUAACCUACAGAAAUCUACCUAAUUAUGUGAAAGAAGCAAAACUUUUUGAAGAAGCACCCCUCUUUCAUGUAUUAAAAUAACACUGAGAUUUUUUAAAAAGCUGGAAGAUUGUACAGCAUAAAGCUAAAGUGAAGACAAAAAACAUUGUCCUGAAGAAUAGGUUACAAAAAAUAAACUCCAUUUGGUGCUGAACGUUGUGAAUAGAUGGUGGAAACUACUUUCCCUUAAUUUGUAUAUUUCUAAUCAAGCGUUGAUUGUGCGCGACUGACCAGGAUUGUGAAAGAGUUCUUCUGUUUGUAUUUUUUUAAAGAGAACUUUUUUAGUUUAUUAAAUUAUAACAUGUUCCCUUUUGUUUUGUAAAUAAAUGUGCCCCCAAGUUGUUAAUGUUAUAUUAAAAGAGAGGGUCCUUCAAAAAAAUUAUUUUUUAAAACACAGAGGUGUUCUGACCUGCAACUUGACUGGGAAGCCCCUGGGUAACACAGGUCCUGCUGUGGCCUUUCCUUGGUGUGACACUUGAACUAGUCGAUUUUUUGAAGGCUAUAACUUAACCUCGACUAUUUGUUGUUAUGUGCAAUACUGUUUGUACUGUUUGUAUAAAAAAUAGAAAAAAAAGAAAAGAAAAAAGGCAUAAAUCUUUAUUGCAGAUUUAUUUUCAUUGCAAACUUUAGACAUUGUGAUUCACUGAAAUCAUUUUUCUACUGUCAAAUAUGUACCUUUUCUUCAUGCUGGUAUUUUUUCAAUAGUAAUGUAGCCUUUGUACUGAGACAAAUUUUCAUUGUUAUUUUUAGAAAGAUUUUUUGCUAAGAAAAAAAUUAAACAUAUUUACAUAUUUUUCAUUUUAUUUCGUAUUUUCUUUAAGGAGUGCUUUCUCAAUCAUUAAUAGAGUUGUUUCUGGGAGGGACUUUCAUAUCUGGUCAAUGUCAUAAUAUUAUUUUGUAUUUUUAUUGGAAUAAAUUAAUUUUAUGAUGCUAAUUCUUUAAAAGUUUAUUUUUUUCAUUUUCAGUUAUUUUUGAAGCUAAAACCUUUGUAAUAUUGUUACUAAAGUGUCUAGUUUUUUGAAAUGCAAAGCUUUAUGUAUUAACUUGCUGAUGUGGUUUACAAUAGUGUGACAACGAUGAAAAUGGUUGGUUAUGUAAAGUGAUUGGAAAUGUAACGGAUAAUUGGGUAAUAAAAUGACAGAAUGAGCAGAACAUGUGAGAUUUUGAGAAGCCUUUUCCUUUAUCACAGUGGUUUAGUGUAAGACUAGGGAUGUCACAGUGCAGUUCUCUAGGGAUGUCACGGUGGAUUUAUACAACACCAGGUGCAGCCAAACCUGUGGCCCUGAGAAUGAAGUCACCCCAACCGGAAUACCACCGGGUUUCAAAUCUGGCUAAGUCAACAGAAUGUUUCAUUGCUUUUUCCCUCUAACUCUUCAUUAUGUCGUGUGUGUGUGUGUGUGUGUGUGUGUGUGUGAGAGAGAGAGAGAGAGAAAAAGAGAGAACCUGCCACCAACUGCUGUCCUUGUGUGAGACAGUGCCUUUCUCCCAGGCCGAAUCUUUUAUGUGCACUGACAGUGGUGAUGUCUGAGUCAUACAGGAAGUUGCUAAGAGGACACCGCCUUCGUGGUGUACUGCAGACCUCACCUGCAGGGUCUCACUCGUGCUGCCUCCCUGUAAGGCUCAGUUGGUGGCACUGAAGAAGCACACUCGGAUGUCACCACUGUCUGUGGACCCUGACUAUGUGUCGGGUUGCAUCUUCCUCCAUACCCACGCCUGCUUCCUGUUCUGGUGCCCCUUGUUUGCCUUUCAUUGUGGCAACUGCGUGCAUGAUCUGUCUGCCUUUCUGCUGCUGCUUUUCCGACACCCUCCUCACCUGGAAGCUGUGCAGUUAAGGCACAGUCAUUAAUGUGUCAUUGCAAUAGCACCUACAGUCAAAGCAAAAACUACAACUGCAAAACUGGUGUUGGCGUAAACAGAACAGCCAAUGACUUGCUCCAGAUAGAUGAUAUGUUUCUACUAGUGGUUGAUGGCCUCUUUCAGCUCCAUCGCUGUGGAGAUGAGGUUCAUCAAUAACUCAGAGAAACUUGUGUCCAGAGUUGGUCUUGGGUAUGCUCUAUGUAUUCAGUUUUGUAAAUAAUAUAUAGAUUAGAUCAAGUUGUGAUGUAAAAUUUUAACUCAAAUUGGGUACUACUGGUUGGAAUUUUACAUUAACUACAAAUAAAUGAUUAGGAACAGAAGAAAAGAAAUCGGAAAAUUCUUGCUUAGUGGUAUAAAGAUUAUGCUUAGAUUUCUGCCUAUAUCUUGUGUUUUAUAGCUUGUUAGUGAGGCAUGGGCUAAUGCAGAAUGUACUGCAUUUAUGCAAUUAGCGAAUAACUGCUAGUUUUCAUUUUAUCUAUUAUAUUAGCAACAAAAUGGCAUUUAACUGGGUAAAGCUCCUACCUAAAUAUUUGAGUAUUGUGACAUCUCUACUUGCAAGGUUUGAGUGAAAGAUUAGUCACAGAUUAGUGAAAAAAAUGUAUCUUUUUGUUAAAAAUGGCUUAUUUGAAUGGAUUGUUGCUUUUCACUAGCUUGUAUGGUAUGUCAGCUAACAUUUCUUUGUUUUUUUUUUUCUUUUAUAAUAACUAAACUUCUCUAUCUCAGCUGCAAUAGUGUUCCAUCUUACCACAGAGUGUUUUAUAAUUAAUGCUGUUGACUUUAUACCCCAAAAUGGGUCAAGAAGUGGCUAUAUGAUUCGGGGAUGUUUAAAUUUGUAUGAUGACAAAGUUAAUUGCAACAAGUAGAAAACUUGGGUGCUAAUACAGGAUAACUUAGGCUCUUUUUCUUACCUGGAUAUAGUUCUGUGGGGUAUAAAGUAUUAGGUAUUUGUAUUUUUGCUGCCAAAAUAAUGGACUUAACUUUUAGAGUGUUCACAGCUAAGAUCUCUGUAUUUGUUUUUCAACUAACAACUAAUUUUAAAUGUAUUGUAUCUUUUAUUACCUGUUCUCUUAGAUUGUUUUUUGCUAGUAACCCUUACUCAGCUUCUGCCUUUGGGGCUUGGACUAAUAUUGCUUGUAUGGAACUACAGUACUGUGACUAAACAUGGAGCUCAAUGCAGCUACUGCUUACAACUGCUUAAACUUUGUAGUUUGGACUUCAUUUUUUUCUGUAAUAACAACUUAUUAAAUCUAGUUGUAUGAAGUA